UUUCGAGGUCGUUAUGAUUGGAAACAUGUCAAAAGAAGAUGAAAAAGAAGAUGAAGCAGGUUUUAAUAUCAAAGUGAAUGGAGAAAUACUACUAUUUAAUGAAAGCAUAAUAUACACAUUUAUGCCUUUAUGGAUGAUUAAUAGAGUUUCGGUGUGUUUUGUAAUAAUUUUCGAGACGCCUAUGCUAUAG